AUCCCUACUGCAGGACCCCGGCCUACAGCACGAUCGGACAACUAGCAAAUGGAGCCUUUGGAGGCCUGGGGAACCCAGCAGUGGCUGCGAGUUCAGUGUUUGCUCACAAGGAGAGUCCUGGCAGCCAAGCCUUUGCCAAUCCCCGGGAGCACUGGAACCGUCUGCACCAGACGCCGCCGUCCUUCCCCAGCCCUCCGCCAGGGUGGCCGCGGCUGGGAGCUAGUGAAGCAGAGCGGAGUAGCCACUUCGACAAGGAACUGGAGUCUGACCGGCACCAAGCUCCCUUCAUCAAGGAGGAGAUUGGCAGGGAAACCGUGUACGCCCGCUAUUCGGCCCGCAUCUCUCCGGCCGCCCCCCUGAAGAUGGUGAGCAGUGGGAGCGCGGCGGGCACACCGCGAGAGGAGGAGCUGGACGAGGAGACGGCGCGCAGCGUGCUCAGGAGCAGCGCAGGGGGGGAGCUGCGGGGGCCAGGCCGUGACCGGGAACGUGCCGAGAGCUCCCGGGAGCACUUCAAACAGGAGCGGCGGAUCCGGGAUGUUGCCGAGGAGAGCCGCCUGCCGGCCAGGAGGCCCGGGGAGGAGUUGGGGGCCGCUGCUGCAGCGAUCCGGGACCCUUCGCCGUUCUCCCGGCCGUCCUCCUGCGCCGGACCCUCCUCCUCGUCCUCUUCCAGUGCCGGCACCCCCUCCUCGUCAGCCGCGGUGCAGGAGGGCGCCAAGCCGAGCCUGCUGCGGGAGCUGGCCAAGCGGCACGAAGUGAGGGUGAAGGCCGAGCUCCAGCAGCACGAGCCGGUGGGCUUUGAGCCGCCCGCCCAGCUCCCCCCUCGCUCCCACCUGCCUGGCUCUCUCCACCCGGUGCCGCUGGCCCUAAUCGGGCAGCUGGGUGGCGCCCUGGAGCGGGGUGCCAGCCGGGUGCUGCACGGGCCCUUCCUGGGGGUGGGGGUGCCCGCCGCGGCGCCCGAGCGCCUGGGCCCCUACACCUGGGAGCCUUACCGCGAGGCCUGGCGCGAGGGCUGCCGGGCGCCCGAGCUGGCCGGGGUGGCUCCGGCCGGCACCCGCUUCUACGAGGCGGACCCCCGGCCUUACCGGGAGAGGGCCACGCUCCGGGAGUACGGGCGCCGGGAGCCUGAGUCCGCCGCCACCUCAGCUUCAGCCGCCGCCGCAGCGCCAGGGGCCCUCCUGCAGGAGUACGAGCAGCGGGCGCAGCUCCUGGGCUUGUUGGUGCCCCCGCCACCCCCGCCUCACCACCAUCACCACCACCACCAUCAUCACCACCACCCGCCUCCGCCUCCGGGAGCGACGGCCACCCCGCCACCUCCUGCUCCUCACCCUUACCCUCGCCUCAGCCCCUCGGGCCUGGUCCCUCAGGGCGGCCUGCUCAGCAAGACCUCCCCCAUGGCCGGGCUGGGGGCGCCGCCCCCCCUCAUCUCCUCGUCGGCCCGGCCUGGCACCCCGCCUCACCGCGUCACCCCCCUCCUGGCCUCCGAGCUCCGGGAGCUGUCCGCCUACAGCCACAAGGACCGCGACUCCAGAUAAUGGCCGCCGAGGAGGGCCGGCGUUUGGCAAGAUGGCGGACUGUUGGCGCCUCACCCACGCCCUCACCUCCGUGCGAUCCACCCAACCUGGACUGCUCCAGACUUCCCUUUUUAUUUUGUCUUUUUAAACAAAAGAAAAGGAACAAUUUGCUUUCAGAGAGAAGAACACCCUGUAAAUAUUUAUAUUAUAUAACCUGUGCUUUUUGGGACAAA